AUGGCCUGCAGCCCCUCCCACCAAGAAGGCAUCCAGGGCCUGUGCUGGUGGCACGGGGCCAGGCUGCGCUGCAAGCAGGCCCGCCCCGCCCGCCACAGAUACAAGGCGCCCGCUGCGGCGGCGACGCUGAGCCGGACGCCCAACCCCGUCCCUAGGGCCCGACCCUCCACACUGGCCACCUCCCUGGCGCUGAGCCUGCUGCCCCCCGGCCGCGCCUGGUACAAGCCGGCGGCAGGGCUGCUGUCCGGCUCGCGCGGGUCCCCAUACGCACGGCGCUCCGAGCGCCCGGUGGGCACGGGAACCCCCGGCCGGGCAGGCACUGCCUGGGAGCUGCGCCCCAGCCUACAGAGCCCGGGCGUGUGCGUCCAGGUUGUCGCCCAGAACCUGCAGAGCUGCGAACGAAUCCCUGACAGCCGCGCCACCUUCCAGCGCAAGGCGGACGUAUUCCCGUCGCUCCGCGCGGCCGACUGUCUCGGGGCUUGAUGUUCCCGCCGCCCACGGCCCCGCUCGCACCCUGGGCCCCCGAGGAGAAGGCGCCCGGUACCGCCCUCCCCGUCUCCACAGUAAACGGCUAA